GUCGUGGAGUCAACUAACCACGGCUUCAAUUCCAAUAUUGCCCUUUCACCGAUGGCCUCUUAAGGACGACCAGUCGAUCACAUCGCCUAAAGCACUCCACUUUCUCCCCUUUUUCGUUUUCCCCUGUACCGUGUGCGGAGCUUGGCGACUCAAAAUUUCCCGCGAAAAUGGAAGCCAGUGUCUCUGGCACCGAGGCAGCGGAGAAAGUGGUGGUGGCUGUAAGAGCAGAGAAAGUCAUCUCCAGAACCGCCUUAGCGUGGGCUCUCACCCACGUCGUUCGUUCCGGCGAUUGCAUUGCUUUGCUCGCAGUCUUUCCCGAUGAAAAAAAGGGUAGAAGAUUUUGGAAUUUUCCGAAAUUGGCCGGAGAUUGCAGUGGGAGUUUCCGGGACGAGUUACCGGAACAGAUUGGUCAGAUCUCGGAGUCUUGUUCUCAGAUGGUUCUUCAGUUUCAUAACCAAAUCGAGGUUAGAGUGAGGAUUAAGGUACUGUCGGCUACAACUAAGGGUGCUGUGGCUGUUGAAGCAAAAAGAAAUGGAGCCAACUGGGUCAUACUGGACAAAAAACUAAAGCAAGAACUGAGACAUUGUUUAGAUGAGCUUCAAUGCAACAUUGUUGUGAUGAAAGGUUCUCAGGCAAAGGUCCUUAGGCUUAACUUACAAUGUACUGAUGAACUUCAAACGCCAUAUCUCUCUGCCGCUGUUUCACCAGAUGAGGAUGAUGAAGAGUUCAGCGGUCACAGGAUGAAGCAUUCUACUCCAGUGAGCAGUCCAGAAGAGUCAGGUACUUCCUAUUCAAGAUUCACACAAGAAGGAUUGUCAUCAAGUUCCGAUCUAUCAACACCUCUUUUUCUUGUCUACGAAAAAAAUCCUCUUUUUGAAAGGCUGAACAGGGGAAAUUACAGUCAAGUGGAUAACAAUUUGGAUGACCCGCUAAUUUAUUUGGACUCACAGGGUGAAAGACUUAUAACACUGUCUACACACCAAAAACGGUCUGUACCAAGCAAUCAAAAGAAUGUAUUUUGGAUUCCCCAAAAUCAUAUUCUUCAUGAAAAGCCCCAUGGUAGCAAAAGCUACAGAAGUACAACCAAAGGUUCCUAUAGUCUACUUGACAAAUUCAUCCAGUAUGAUCAAGAGAAAGUAACUAGCAAGUUCAAGCCCAAUCAAAGCCAUCAAAAAGACUACAUUGUUAGCUCAAGGAUCAGGGAUGCAGUUUCUUUAGGUAGAACUUCCUCAAAACCUCCGCCUCUGUGCUCCUUAUGUCAACAUAAGGCACCUGUUUUUGGAAAACCUCCAAGGCAAUUUUCUUAUGAGGAGCUAGUAGAAGCUACAGAUGGUUUUUCAGAUAUCAAUUUCUUGGCAGAAGGUGGUUUUGGUGUUGUUUACAGGGGUGUUUUGAGAGAUGGUCAGGUGGUAGCGGUGAAGCUGUUAAAGUUUUGUGGCUCUCAAGCAGAUGCUGAUUUCCGUCGGGAAGUGCGAGUCUUAAGCUGUGCACAGCACAGGAAUGUUGUGUUGCUUAUUGGAUUUUGUGUUGAUGACAAGAAGAGAGUCCUGGUUUAUGAGUACAUAUGCAAUAGUUCAUUGGAUUUCCAUUUGCACGGAAGCAAGGGAAACCCUCUGGAUUGGCACUCACGGCUAAGGAUAGCAAUUGGGGCAGCACGGGGCUUGCGAUAUCUCCAUGAAGAUUGUAGAGUGGGUUGUAUAGUACACAGGGAUAUGCGGCCUAACAAUAUCCUACUAACACAUGAUUUUGAACCCUUGGUUACUGAUUUUGGACUCGCUAGGUGGCAUUCUGAAUGGAGUAUUGAUAGCAAGGAGCGACUAAUUGGAACUUCAGGGUAUCUUGCACCAGAAUACCUAGAUGGUGGGAUAAUUACACCCAAAGUCGAUGUAUAUGCAUUUGGAGUAGUAAUGAUAGAACUAAUGACAGGUCAAAGAGCAAGUGAGAUGCAAUUAUACAAGGGACAGAAUUUCUUCUCCAACUGGUUCCGCCCCAUGGCUGUAUUAGAACCAAGCCAUCUAUUCACUAAUAUUUAUCAGUUUCUCGAUCCGAUCCUGGCCCCCAGCAAAGUCCUUGACAAUUCUCAUCAACUAGAAGCUAUGUGCCGCGCUGCUGCCUCGUGCCUGAGUCAAGAUCCAGAUUCCAGACCCCCAAUGUCAAAGGUUCUUAGAAUACUUGAAGGGGCAGAUACGGCCCCUCCUCUGGGUUUGGACCUGAACCCAGUCGGAAAUAGAAGCGCUCGUUUAGCCGGAUUAAGCUCACGAAUGCUGCCUGAAGCCGGUAGAAGACACUCUCGUAAGCUUUCACACUGAACUAAUCCUCAUAAAAGGAUGGAUCUCUGGGAAAUGUAUUAUUUCAAGCUCGAAAAGGUAAGUCCAUUUAUUCACAAGCAAUAAUCAAAAGAUAUGCAACAAUUACGUAAUUCUUUUUACUUAUGACGUAAUUCUUCUGAUUGCAGUCAUAGUUAUAUGUAUUGCUGUUCUUACUCAUUAAUAAACUGCGGCCAUGUAAAUUAUACUAUCAGUUCGGAUGGUUUCCGAAGUUUCUUAGACCACAUGGUAGUUUUUUGAUUUAAAAUUUGUUUAAAAGACCUAAUGUUAAUUGUAAGAUAUAAAUUAUUGAAUGCAGA